GUAGCGCGCUGGGCGGCAGAGCGGGCGGCGCAAGCCGGGCUGGGCCCGCGCGCAGCGGCAGCAGCAGCGGCGCCCCGGGCCGGAGGCGGCCCAGCCGAGCGGGCCAUGGCCACCGCCAUUCAGAACCCGCUCAAGUCCCUUGGCGAGGACUUCUACCGGGAGGCCAUCGAGCACUGCCGCAGCUACAACGCGCGCCUGUGUGCCGAGCGCAGCCUGCGCCUGCCCUUCCUCGACUCGCAGACCGGCGUGGCCCAGAACAACUGCUACAUCUGGAUGGAGAAGACCCACCGCGGGCCUGGUUUGGCCCCGGGACAGAUCUACACUUACCCCGCCCGCUGUUGGAGAAAGAAACGGAGACUCAACAUCCUGGAGGACCCCAGGCUCCGGCCCUGCGAGUACAAGAUCGAUUGUGAUGCACCCCUGAAGAAGGAGGGUGGCCUCCCAGAAGGGCCAGUCCUUGAGGCUCUGCUGUGUGCUGAGACUGGAGAGAAGAAAGUGGAGCUGAAGGAGGAGGAGACCAUAAUGGACUGUCAGAAACAGCAGUUGCUGGAGUUUCCGCAUGAUCUCGAGGUAGAAGACUUGGAGGAAGACAUUCCCAGGAGGAAGAACAGGGCCAAAGGAAAGGCAUAUGGCAUCGGAGGGCUCCGAAAACGCCAGGACACCGCAUCCCUGGAGGACCGAGACAAGCCGUACGUCUGUGAUAUCUGUGGGAAGAGGUAUAAGAACCGGCCAGGGCUCAGCUACCACUACACCCACACCCACCUGGCUGAGGAGGAGGGGGAGGAGCACACUGAGCGCCACGCCCUGCCUUUCCACCGGAAAAACAACCAUAAACAGUUUUACAAAGAAUUGGCCUGGGUCCCCGAGGCACAGAGGAAACACACAGCCAAGAAAGCACCAGAUGGCACUGUCAUCCCCAAUGGCUACUGUGACUUUUGCCUGGGGGGCUCCAAGAAGACUGGGUGUCCGGAGGACCUCAUCUCCUGUGCGGACUGUGGGCGAUCAGGACAUCCCUCGUGUUUACAGUUCACGGUGAACAUGACCGCGGCUGUGCGGACCUACCGCUGGCAGUGCAUCGAAUGCAAGUCCUGCAGCCUGUGUGGCACCUCAGAGAAUGACGACCAGCUGCUGUUCUGUGAUGACUGUGACCGAGGUUACCACAUGUACUGCCUGAGCCCUCCCAUGGCGGAGCCCCCGGAAGGGAGCUGGAGUUGCCACCUCUGUCUUCGGCACUUGAAAGAAAAGGCCUCUGCUUACAUCACCCUGACUUAGGCCUGGCUGUACUUCUCCAGGACCUUUGGGUGGUGCUAUCUUCUGCCUCUUGGAGCUCCUGGCUCUUCCCACCCGGUGUCCCCAGGGGAAGGGAUAGGGUGAAACCUAGAGGGGGUCCAAGGUGUUCUCCCUCUGCAAGUGGAAUGUUACCCUGCGGGUGGGCGGGUCCCGCAGGGUCCCUCCUGUAAACCCUCUUCAUCCCUUGACAAAUGGGCACCAGGCUUCUGCCCCUCUCAAAGCCAUACCCCGCCUCUGGGCGGGCAUAGAGGGGUCGUGGAUGCUAGCCAGCGGCACGGAAAGAGCCUUUUUCUAAAGAAAAAGACAAAAAGUGAAAAAAAAAAAGGAAAAAAAAGAAAUUAAUAUAUACAAAGAGUCCUAUAAAGCCUAGCUGGGUGGAGGAGCACUGUUGAGUGUCUGCUGGGGACCUGACUUUACCAGUUUCCUGAAUGGCGCCUCCCCACCCCGUUUCUGGAGUUGCAAUGGUCUCAACUCCCAUCUGAGGUGGGUAUCAUCCCUUGCUCACACCCAGGCCGGCUGGGCACGGUGCCCACCGUGGACACUGCAUGAUGUGAACCAUGGUUUUGAACUCUUCCCGCCCCUCCUUGUUAGCCCCGCCCCGCGCCCGCCCGGUGCCUGCCAGGCCUGGGGCAUGCAGCUGGGGAGGCCGGUGGGGUGAGGCAGGCAGGCAGCCAGCCCGCUGCAGUGAGAAGCACAGAUUGCAAUGGACUCAGUUUUUUUUUUUCCCUCCCCCCUCCCUUCCCAGCCCUUUCCCUACCCAGCCAGGCUGGGCUGCCGCCUGCCCCCCUCGCUAGCCAUUUUGGGGGUGGCAAGGGGGUGUGGUUGUUUCUCGUGGUUGUGUGUGUUUGUUGUUCGGGUUUUAAAAAAAGGGAAAUUGAGACUGAAGUGGGGGAGGUGGAGGGUCUGGGGGAGUCUGCCCCCGAUCCAGGAGUACCCCUCUUGCCACCAAGUCUCCUUUAUUGCCUGCCUCUGCUGUGAAUUAACUUGUUCUGUGUAUUAAACUGGGCCUGACCUCUCUGCCCAC